GUCUUCUCGAUCGAUGCAGCCUCAGGCGGCCGGACAGCAGUAAAGCGUCUCGCCCAGAUCUUAAACUUACGGAUGCCGGCGGCGCUGCUGCAGCUGCUUUGUGGGGUCCCGUCUGAGGUUUCUCCCCUUUGUGGCGUUUGACUAGAUAACUUACGGAUCCAGCGUUUCCAUUAAUCUCCCCUGCUUUGCAUUUCCCUCCACCACUUGGCGCCAUCCCUCCAGAUCUGACCACUCAAAUGUACUCUGCUGCUUCUUCUGAUGCUCUUCACGGCCUACUCUGCUUCUUUCUUCGUCAGCAACCUAUGACCCGGCCCUGCGGCAAAACCGGGUUUUAUUACAUCAGUGGACAAUUUGUAUCAGUUCCGGUUCGUGCUAAAUAUUUGUUGGCGCUUCAGUGAUUUACCGCAGACAACUUUCUUGGACAACUACCAUAUGCUGCUAUAGAAAGAUACAUGGAUCUUGAGGUCCUGCAGCGUAUACUUGAUGGAAGAGAGAAGCCAACAAAUCUAUCAUUCGAGCUUUUGAAGAAUAUCACAAAAAACUUCUCGCACGAUCGAGAAAUCGGCCAUGGUGGAUUUGCAACGGUUUAUAAGGGAGUGCUCCCAAAUGGGAAUGUCGCAGUAAAGAGGAUAAGGAACAGUCAUUCAAUCAAUGAGGCAUUAUUUUAUCGUGAAGUUGACAGCCUGCUGAAUAUUGAACAUAAAAAUGUGGUACGGUUUCUUGGCUUCUGUGCUAGCACAGAUCAAACAGCCAUACAAAUCGAAGGAUCAAAACAACAUAUUUACGCGGAAGUAAGAGAAAGGUUACUCUGUUUUGAGUAUAUCAGCAAUGGAAGCCUGCAAAAAUAUAUUACUGAUGAAUUAAGGGGACUUGAAUGGAAUACACGUUAUGAAAUAAUUAGAGGCAUCUGUGAAGGUUUGCAUCAUCUGCACAAGGAAAAGCAGAUAUAUCAUAUGGAUCUGAAACCCGACAAUAUACUACUAGACAAUGAUAUGGUGUCGAAAAUCACAGAUUUUGGUUUAUCGAGACUUGAUGAGAAGUCAAAAACCAUGAGUGAAGAACGUUAUGGAUCACUAGGAUACUGUGCUCCAGAAUACCUACAUAAGGGAAAGAUGUCAUUCAAAUCAGACAUGUACAGUCUGGGCAUUAUAAUCACUGAAUUAGUGACAGGAGAAAAAGAAAUCUGCAGUGAUAAUAACAAUGUACUUAGGAGAUGGAGGCAUAGAUGGAAGAAAACAGGGAAGGAAACACCACUGGCUUACCAACAAGUAGUAAAAUGCCUUGAAAUUGGGUUACUCUGCCACGAAAUCGAGCCAACCAAACGGCCUUAUAUAUGGCAUAUGAUACAUGUUAUAAGAGAAAUUGAAGGUGCUAAUGGAAAACUCAGCAAUGCCUAUGAACAUGCAUUUGGACAGAUAAGCCCUUACUCGGAGGAUGAUAUGCUUGGAAUUGAGCCACUCCAACUACAUUUUCCGUUUGAGCUUAACAAACAGAUGUCAUGCACACUUAAGUUAACCAAUGGGAUGGACUCUUACAUUGCCUUCAACAUCGAAAAUACGAGCCCCUUGCCAUACUGCACACAACCACAGAAAGGCAUUAUGCCGCCAAGAUCCAAGUGUAAUGUUGAAAUAACACUGCAGUUGCAGGGCAAGGCACCGGGAUAUAUGCAUCGUUCCAAUGAACUUGUUGUGUGGAGCACCAACGUGAAUGAUUGCCUUGCAGUUGAGGAUAUAACAACAAAUAUGUUCACUAAUGAGGUGGUCAAUGUGGUUGAUGACGUGAAUUUGGAUGUGGUUUUUUACGUCAGUGAGCCACAAGAAGCAAGUGAGGAAACCAGUUGGGCAAUCCAACCUUUACUGCUGUUUGGUCAGAUUACAGAUGAUGCAGUCGGUGGGUUCCUUUGUAUGGAUGCACAUCAGACAGAGCCUUUGAUUGUCACCGGUCACCGAUUUGGUCAUGUCCAGAUUUGGAACUCUAACAUGCAGAAAGUGGUCGCUUCGAUUAAGGCCUCAUGGGAUACAGUAUGCAAAGUUAAAUUUAUUGCACGAAAGGGGUGGAUUGUGGCUGUGUCAGAAGAUUGCUUCGUCCAUGUGUACAAGUAUGAAAAGGAACUCAAAAAGGUCACGGGUUUCAAAUCUCACGAUUAUGACAAUACCAUGUGCUCAUUAGACGUUCAUCCAGCCCAGCCGUAUGUGCUGUCAGGGUGUGAUAGGCAAAUAAAGCUUUGGGACUGGGACCAGGACUGGAAUUGCAUACAGACAUUUGAAGAACACUCAGAUGAUAUUAAUGAAGUAAAAUUUAAUCCAGAGGACACCAACAGUUUUGCAAGUGCUUCAGAUGAUCGUACAGUAAAGGUUUGGAGUCUUGAUUCUCCCAAAUCCAAGUAUACUCUGUAUGGGCAUUCGGAAGGAAUGCACAGCGUGGAUUUCUUCAAGCGUGAUGGGCGGCAGUAUUUGAUUAGCGGCUCUGAUGACAGGACUGCCAAGAUAUGGGACUUGCAGAAGGAGGAGUGUCUUCAUACACUCGAACAUGAGACUGCAGUUUCCGUCUUUGCCCAUCCCAGUCUUCCAGUUCUAAUUACAGGUACAUGGAGUGGUGCCGUUCGUGUGUGGAGCUCCACUGACUUCAGGCUGAAGACAAAGCUUGGGGUCCCUAGCCUGGUUCGUGGCUUCGCAUGUUUGAUGGGGUCAGAAAGGGUUGCAGUUGCACACUAUCAUGGAGUGUCGAUGAUGGAAAUUGAUGAUGAAGAAGGACAAGGUGAGAGUGAAGGCAGCAACGCCAAUUCCAUAUGAGUGGCCGAGUUGGAAAUGAACAGUAUUGCUCGAAGCAUAACCAGCCAACACACUCACAAAUAUGGACAUAUCGGACCAUGAGGAAGCAGCUGGCAAGAGCUUGUGUGCCGAAAAUGAUUUAGUGAAGGUCAGCCGCUGUUGCUUGAAGUGAGGCGCUCGACCGUUGAUUCAACCAGCCAACUCUCUCACAAACGAUAGAUUUUCGUUGUUUGAGAGUAGCUGCUCGAUCUUGCUAGGCAGUCCAAAGAAUUAAUUGCAUUUCCGUCCGUGCGUGCGUGAUGGUGAUGGCUGAUGAAUGAAGAAGCGCAUAUGUGCUGCCUUGUCUCGGCGGCAAGUGCUGUGCUGCCCGGUCGCUGAAAAGGCCAGCUGCUCCUUUUGAAGAAUAGCGUGAUCGUAGGCCUCUCUUGCUUUCUUCCCCAAAUUUGGCGCUGGCGAGCGACGAUGACCUCAACCUUCUCUGGCGACACCGACCCACAAAGAUAAGAUACCGUGUAAUCUUUGAUGUGUUUUGUUAGAGGCCUGACAUGACAGGUUGGAUAACUACCGUAUGUGAGCAGCAAAAUAAAAUUUGAUGAUACGAUUCCUUGAUAGUA